UUUUGUUUGUGUACAGUUUAAGGCUUUUCCCUUCUGGUGCCCACCAAGAAGUUGUUUGCACAUAUUUUUUUAUUAAAUUAGGACUCCCCUAAUCAAACUAUCACAAUGGGAUGCGACGGUGGAACGAUUCCUAAAAGACAUGAGCUGGUGAAAGGACCCAAAAAGGUCGAAAAGGUCGACAAAAAUGCAGAACUGAUUGCCCGUUGGAGUUACUGUGCUCUGAGCCAGGAGAAACUUCGUCGCCCCAUUGUAACCUGUGAACUGGGAAGACUCUACAAUAAGGAUGCUGUGAUUGAGUACUUGCUGGACAAAUCUGCAGAGAGACCCAACACAGAGGUUGCAGUGCAUAUCCGUGGGAUAAAGGAUGUGAAAGAGCUGAAUCUGACGGAUAACCCUGCUUGGGAGGGGGAGAGGAUGAACUCUAAGGGAGAUCGCUAUGAGGAUCUUCACUGUGCCAUGUUCAUCUGCCCUGUUGUGGGUCUGGAAAUGAAUGGCAAGCACAAGUUUUGCUACUUACAGACCUGCGGCUGUGUGUUUUCAGAACGCGCCCUUAGGGAAGUGAGGACUGAGAUCUGCCACAAGUGUGGCGACCCCUUCCAGGAGAGCGACAUUAUCAUUCUUAAUGGAAGCAAGGAAGAGGUUGAGCGGUUGCGACAGAACAUGGAAGAGAAGAGGGCCAAAGCCAAGGCUGGCAAGAAAUCUAAGAAGAGCAAGGCUGCUGAGACCAUCUCCAAGUCAGAGGAUGGAAAAGGCUCUGCUUCUCCCGCAACCAGCUCCUCAGAACCCAAACCAGUGGCACAGAAUGGCGAAACUGCCGGCUGUUCAGGACAAGGACCCUCUGGCUCUUCAAGCUCCUCCAAGUGCGUCAAACCCGCCGGCGCUGCUGGAAGCAAGCGGUCCAUCCAGGACAUGGAGGGGAAGUCAGAGGCCUACAAGUCUCUGUUCACCACCCACAGCUCCGCCAAGCGCACGAAGGACCAGACUUCCAACUGGGUCACUCACACACCCUACCAUUUCUAAAGGGCUGAGCACCGCCUGGCCAACCUGUGCCGUUCCGCGUAGGGCUUUCAUUUCACGGUGUAGAGAACAAAGAGGGCGUUUAGAUCCUGAACGCCAUGGGUCUUAUUCUUUGACUUCCAUUAAAAGUAGCCUUUAGUCUAACAGUUACUACCUGAAAGGGAUAGUCCAAUAUUGCCUGUAUUUUAUUAUUUAAUUUUUCAUCAACUGGCUUAUAUAUGUUCUGGUUUUAUCUAAGCAUGUGACAAAAAGCUUCAAUGAGUCAAAUAUUUUCCCAAGUUCUAAAAAGGUUUGUUUUUUUUCUGUGGUGCACCAUAAAGAAAGAAGUCUGGAAAAGGUUUCCACUGUUCUGGGUCUUUUGGUUUCCUUUUCUUGGGGUUUAUGUUAUUGCAAGAAACUAUCGAAACAGUGGGAUCUUUGGUCUGGGAUUGGUCUUUUUUUCUUCUUCCUUUUUUUCAGUGUGCAGGUUUGCUAUCCUUGUAUGCUGGUGCUUGAGUAAGUAAAAAAUAAAGGUGUUUCCAGUAUUUUUUUAUUGUUAAACAAUGUUAAUCGUUACUUUUAAUCACUAUUUUGCAUAGAUGCUGAAUCUGUUUUACCCCCAGGCUUCAUGUUGUCAACACAGUACAUGUAUGUGUUGUUCCUGUGUUUAUUUUUUAAUACGAUUCUGUAACUUCUUAGUGCUCUGUUUAGAUCUAGCCUAUUUGUUUCAGUCAGUUUAACAAUUUGUCUAUGAGUGGCGUUACAUUAUAGAAAAUUGAUCCUCUAUGUUGUCUUAUUGUAAUUUAUGUCGGUGACCACAAGGUGGCAGCAGAGGUGUGAAGAUUGGGCUCUGUCAGAAGAAAUUGAUAAGGAGGCGCAACAAGAAUUUAACUACCCUUAGAUAUGUUUAGAGAUUUUCUGGUAAUUAGGCAAAUCAGGAUAUGACCGAAGAAGAAAUUUGUAAAAUGCAGGCCUUAAAUUCAACCAUUUUAUAAUUUCAUGCGAGCAUACAGUAAGGAUGUCUGAAAAGACGCCGUGGAGUUGUGAAAUCGAGUCGUGGAGUCAAGGAAUUAUCUGAUUGCUUCGAGGGACUUAGGAAGGUUUAGGUGGCUAACUGAAGAGAAACCAGUUUUUAUUAUUUGUGCCAUCAGUACUAAUAAUAAAUACAGAAGAUGCACGUCAGUGUUAUCAGUGAAGAGAUACAUCGACACAUCACCACAUAACCAGAAAUGAAAAAUCGGUACUC